AUGAGUGACAACGCUGGCGCUAAGGGCCCUGAGCCUAGUGAUCGAGUUGCGAUUGGUAUCACCUUUGGCAACUCCAACAGUUCUAUCGCCUACACUGUUGAUGACAAGGCCGAGGUCAUUGCCAACGAGGAUGGAGACCGACAAAUUCCUACAGUUCUCUCCUACGUUGAUGGCGACGAGUACUACGGUGGCCAAGCUAAGGCUUUCCUUGUUCGCAACCCCGAUAACACUAUCGCCAACUUCAGAGACUACCUCGGACAAGAGUUCAAGUCCAUCGACCCUACCCACUCCCACGCCUCCGCCCACCCUCAGGACGUUUCCGGUUCUGUCGCUUUCACCGUGAAGGAUAAGGCCGAGGAUGAUGCUUCUACUGUCCCAGUUUCUGAGGUUACCACCCGAUACUUGCGACGACUUGUCGGUUCCGCUUCCGACUACUUGGGCAAGAAGGUCACCUCUGCCGUUGUUACUGUUCCCACAAACUUCUCCGAGAAGCAGCGAGAGGUCCUGAUCAAGUCCGCCAACGAGGCUGGUCUUGAAAUCCUCCAGCUUAUUUCCGACCCUGUUGCCGCUGUUCUGGCUUACGAUGCCCGUCCUGAGGCCAAGAUCGAGGACAAGACCGUUGUUGUUGCUGACCUUGGUGGCACCCGAUCUGAUGUUGCUGUCAUCGCCUCCCGAGGCGGCCUCUACACCAUCCUUGCCACUUCUCACGACUAUGAAUUCGCUGGUGUCCACCUGGACAACGCCCUUAUGGAGCACUUCGCCAAGGAAUUCCAAAAGAAGCACAACGUCGACCCUCGAAACAAUGCCCGCAGUCUUGCCAAGCUCCGACUCGAAUCUGAGGCUACCAAGCGAGCUCUGAGCUUGGGUAGCAACGCCCAGUUCAGUGUUGAAAGCUUGGCUGACGGUUUUGACUUCUCUGUCACUAUCAACAGAAUAAGAUAUGAGAUGGUUGCCCGCAAAGUCUUUGAGGGUUUCAACCGACUUAUCGAGGGUGUCAUCAAGAAGGCUGGCCUCGAUGUUCUUGACAUUGACGAGGUUAUCCUGUCUGGUGGCACUGCUCACACCCCUCGUAUUGCUAACAACAUGCGCGGUAUCUUCCCUGAGUCUACCGAGAUCCAGGCCCCUGCUACCAGCGUUUCUGCUAUCAACCCCUCCGAGCUCCUGGCUCGUGGUGCUGCCCUCCAGGCUUCUCUUAUCCAGGAGUACGAGGCUUCCGAUAUCGAGCAAUCUACACACCCUGCUGUCACCACCGUCAAGCACAUUUCCAACGCCAUCGGUGUCAUCACCGUCGGUGCUGAUGGCGAGGAAGUCUUUACCCCUAUCGUCGCCCCUGAGACCGCCGCCCCUGCUCGACGAACUGUCCACAUUCCAGCCCCUAAGGAGGGUGGCGAUGUGCUCAUCAAGAUCGCCGAGGGUAACACUCAUAUCAAGGUGACCAAGCCUGAGUCUAAGCCUAAGGAGGAGAGCGGCGACAAGGAUGAGGACGACUCCGACUCCGACGACUCCGAUGAGGAGGAGGAGACCCGUGAGAAGAUCUGGAAGAUUGGUAACACUCUCGCCGAGGCAGCCGUCAAGGGUGUCAAGGCUGGCGGCAAGGUCGAGGUCACGAUUAACGUUCUGGCCGAUCUGGGUGUUACUGUCACAACCCGUGAGGUCGGCGGAAAGGGUGGUGUGCGAGGAAACAUUUAA